AUGAAAUGGCUUACUUAUCCACAUCUCAUCGCCAUUGCUAUGAUGACGAAUAAGGAUAUUCGUUCAUAUAAAGUUGUCUUCAAAUUCCUUCGAAAUAAAGGAAUUGUUCCAUCAAAAGUGAUGGCCGACUAUGAAGCCAGCAUAAGAAAUGCUGUGGAAAAUAUUUGGCCAGAAGCAAGAAUGAUAGGAUGCUGGUUUCAUUUUUGCCAAGCUAUUCGACGUAAUGCAAAAGACAAACUAGGCCCACUUUAUUCGGCACAAUCAAAUUUAAACGAAGCACAAAUAUCCACCAAACGUUUAAUUGGAAUGUAUCAGCAACUGCCUCUACUUCCAAGAGAACGUAUAGAGAACGGAGUAAUGGAAAUCAUUGCGCUUCAAAAACGAUAUCGUUUACACAGGGCCUUUAAAUUUAACACAUUUUUGAAAACUUUUGGAUGA